GUUUGAUAUAAAAACUUAUCGCUCACGAGAAGGUAAGGUUCGUGCGAGGACAACUGUAUUUUCAUCUAUUUCAAUCGCCUGUGACAGACGACAUCUUGACGACCUAAUUCAUCACUAUCAAUAGUUGCCCUUUUCUCUUUUAUAUCUUCCUCUGGUCUGUCUUUUUUCUAGAAGUUAGGUCGGCUCCACCACAACUAUUAAGUAAUAUCACAUCAAAAAUGGGUGGUGGCGGAAAGGGGAAGAAGGGCGGCAAAGGGAAGGGAAAGCGAAGCUUUUUCCAGACAGCGAAUUAUGAUGAUGUCUAGAUUCUUGCUCUUCUGACAAUGUAGAAGAUCUCUCUACUUACUAGGUACUGCCUGAUUACAACACUUUCUCUCUAUUUUAAAUUUUCAUGUAGACCAUAUGUAUUCUCGUCCCACAAGGAAGAUUUAUUUUCCAGUUGGCAUCUACUAUAAUAAUCUACUAUUCGUAUUCUGCUACAUAACUUACUAUUCGUAUUCUAAUAUUCAUCUACUAUAACUUACUAUAAUUCUACUACUCCCACGACAAGGAAGAGCCUCCACAUCUUCAAGAAACUACAACAUCCCCCAAAGGGAUCCCUCUCUAAGCAUCUGCCCCGUCUCGGGAGACUGGUGGUCCCUUAGCCUUAUAUCCCGAAGAUCCGAGACAACUGGAAUGCCUGCAACAGCAUGUGGACGGCGUGCCGGAUCCUAUCAAUCCGACGCGCGUUUUACAGCACCACGAAAUCGCGAAUGAGGAUGCUGCUCAUCACGAAAGGCUCCGUCGCGAGUUUAUGGAGAGGAAUUUCAAGCACUUAGUGCUGGGAGGUGGAACUACUCAACAUCAACAUGGAGAUCAGAUAUGGAAUCAAAGUAGCAGCGACAAGAUUACUGGUGGCAAGAACAACAGAGGCAGAGCUCAAACGAAUGUAGACAACACCUCCUGCUCGAGUUCGAAUAGAACUGGCGCUUUCUUGCCAAUGCCGAAGCCAUAUCCUGUGACGCUUUCAGCUUUUACUGGCGGCUUGCAUCCGAAUGAACUUGUAGCUUGUCAACAAGCGAUUGCAAAAUAUGUUGGAGCAUUAGAUCCACAACAUGGUGGCUCAGCAUCUUCAACAAAUAAGAGGAUGAAUGCAUCACAUCAACCUGAACAACAUUCAUCAUCGACUUCUAGCAACAUAAGCAGUUCUCUGAGCCCGAUGAAGGGUAGCGCGCGAAUGUCAUUCUUUGACCAGAUGCGAUUCAAGAAUCUUGUCGUGGGUCCCGAACAUUUCCCCUUAGAACUCUGUGAGGUUCCUCCGCCUCCAGCUAAGAAAAGACGAACAGCGAACAGAACUGUUAAUAAUGCAGGAACAGAUGCUCAGGGUGGCACAACAGGAGCUCCUGCAACAGGAGAGCAAGAAGAUCAUGAUGUCACUGAUGCUGAAGAAGAAUCGCAGGAAAAUUCCGAGAAGGAGGAUCAGGGUAGCGAUUUUGGCAGUGAUGCUGGUGAGCAGGAUGAGGGUGCCUUUGGCGAUGAAGAUUAUAAGUUUGCACUCGAUGAUGCAGACGCCAACGAUCUGGGUGAAGCUGAAGAGGCUGGGGGAAAUGCGUACGAGGACUAAGGAGCGGGAAGAUAGUUUAGACGAGAACGAGUUUUACCUGUCCAAAAGAGCAGUGGCACUUUUUCACCGUAGAAAAUGCGAAGCACAGUCAUGCAAUCUGAUGCACCCUCUUGUUUCAAAACGAAAAAUCAUGUCAUGUUCUUGUGAACCAUCUAUCCUCUUUCCCGCAUGGUGAUUUUCAGACCUCUUUCCCGCUUUUUAUCUCCUCCACUCCCUCCACAAACUGAAAAUAUAAUUAGUCCUGCUUCGCUGUGAUAGCCAUAGCUCCGCUGGAGUGUUUGCGAUGAGUGUAUUGCGAAGGUUCGAAUUCAAUGACGUUAUAGUACACGAUCUUG